AUGGAGGCGGGAGCCGGCGCUGAGGCGGAGCCGUUGUUGCCUCCGCAGAGCUGGCGAACGCGACGGGGGCUCUGGCGGACCGGUACUGGAACUGAUAAUGACCUUUAUAUAAAUCAAGCUGUAGUAUUUAUUGAAGAUGCAAUACAGUAUCGAUCUAUAAAUCACCGUGUGGACUCCAAAUCCCUAUGGCUUUAUCGAUGGUACUAUUCAAGAACUUGCCAGUGGAUUUUGAGUUUAACCAUCACUAUAAUCCUGGCUUUGGCUUUCAUUGAAAAGCCUUCUUCGCUUACUGUCACGUCAGAUGUACGAUACCGCCUUCCUGCGUGGAAUCCUCCGUGUGGUCUAACAGAAAGCAUUGAGCUUCUUUGCUUUCUUGUGUUCGUGGUUGAUGUAUCUGUGAAGAGUUACUUAAUUGGAUGGGAAGAAUUUUGGAAGAAUAAAUGGCUAAUGGCUUAUAUACUGACAUUAAUUGUUUCCCUUACUGAUUGGGUUGUAUCACUGAGUUUUCUCUGCGCAGAGGAUGUGAGAAUAAGAAGAAUUCUUCGUCCUUUCUUUCUCCUUCAGAAUUCUUCUAUGAUGAAGAAAACAUUAAAAAGUAUCAACAGCACAUUGCCUGAAAUGGCAAGUGUUGUUCUACUACUAGCUGUUCAUCUGUCUCUCUUUACCAUGUUUGCCAUGCUGCUGUUUGCUCGAACAAAGGAUGGCCAGCAGGAUAAGGAGUGGGUGGGGUAUUUCCGGAAUUUGCCAGAGUCGCUGACAUCACUGCUGGUCCUGCUAACUACUGCAAAUAAUCCUGAUGUGAUGAUUCCUGCAUAUUCUAAGAAUCGAGCAUAUUCAAUCUUCUUCAUACUCUUCACUGUAUUAGGCAACUUGUUUCUAAUGAACUUGCUUACAGCAAUAAUAUACAACCAGUUUCGAGGAUACCUUCUGAAAUCGGUUCAGUCCUCCCUCUUCAGGAGGCGACUGGGAAUCCGGGCUGCAUUUGAAGUGCUUUCUUCCCUGAAAGAGACUCCUGCUAAUGCACAACAGUCGUAUGUCAGUGUUGGGGCCUUACUACAAGUGCUGCAGAAAGUUGAAAUGGAUUGUCGCUGCAAGCAAGCCAUCACGAGAUCACUCAAAAUGUGCUCCUGUGACCAGCUGUCAGCUACCCAGUUUCAGAAGCUCUUUGAAGAACUAGACAAAGAUGCCAUUAAGCAACAUCCUCCCAGUCCGGAGUACCAAUCCAAUUUUAUGCAGAAAAUGCAGUUUGCCUUUGGCCACGCCUACUUUGGCUACUUGGGGAAUGUUGUAGCCCUUGCAAACAUUAUUUCUAUCUGUGUGGUUUUGGUGAUGGAUGCAGAUAAGCAGCCGUCUGAAAGAGAUGACUUUUUCCUGGGGGCUAUCAACUGCUUCUUCAUCCUAUACUAUCUGCUGGAAAUGUUGCUGAAAAUCUUAGCACUGGGCUUGAAAAGAUACUUGUCAUACCCAAGCAAUAGAUUUGAUGGACUUCUGACUGUAAUUUUGCUGGUUUUGGAAAUUGCAACAUUUGCUGUGUAUGGAUUUCCUCAUCCUGGUUGGAGACCUGAGUUCAUGGGCUUAUUAUCUCUGUGGGAUAUGGUGCGAUUGGUGAACAUGUUAAUUGUGUUCAGGUUCCUGCGGAUUAUUCCUAAUAUGAAGUUCAUGGCUUUGGUUGUUACUACAUUGCUGGAUCUGGUAAAAAACUUGAGAGCCUUUGCAGGAAUCCUUGUGGUGGUUUUCUAUGCAUUUGCUAUAACUGGUAUAAUGCUAUUUAAAGGUGCUGUUGUUCCCUUGGGAAAUAUCAGUGCUGUCAAUACAACAUAUGAUAAUGGCACUCUGCAGUGUGGGACCUAUGAGCAGCUGGAAUAUUGGCCAAACAACUUUGAUGACUUUGCUGCAGCAGUGGUGACCCUCUGGGAUGUGAUGGUGGUAAACAACUGGCAAGUCUUUUUGGAAGCGUUUUCAAGAUAUUCAAGUCCGUGGGCAAAGAUCUAUUUUGUAGUCUGGUGGUUGAUCUCCUCUGUCAUCUGGGUUAAUCUCUUCGUAGCUUUACUUCUAGAGAACUUUAUUCACAAGUGGGACCGUCGCUGUCAUCGGGAGCCUCUCUCAGAUAUUGAAUACCAGAGGACAGUUGAACUAAUGUUCAGAGAUGUUUUGGAAGAACCUACAGAGGAAGAACUGAUGGAAAAACUGCACCAGCAUCCACACCUGCAGUUAUGUAGGUGACUGGUGGGAAGGACUGAUUUAUUUAGACCUCUGUUUUCUUGAGGU